AUGGCAGGGCGCCCAGUCCUGCGGGGCCUCGUGACGGAGGGCCUCCGAUUCCGCGUGGUGGACGCCAAGGGCCAGGUAGUGGGGCGCCUGGCCAGCCAGAUCGCCAAGGUGCUGACGGGCAAGGACAAGCCCACCUACCUGCCCCAUGUGGACGGCGGUGACGCGGUGGUGGUGGUCAACGCUGCGCAGGUGGACUUCACGGGGCGCAAGUGGGACCAGAAGCUGUAUCGGUGGCACACUGGCUACCCCGGCGGGCUCAAGGAGCGCACGGCGCGGGACCAGCUGGCGAGGGAGCCGGAGGCUGUGCUGCAGAAGGCGGUCAUGGGCAUGCUGCCCAAGAACAACAUGCGCAGGGCCAUGGCGCGCAAGCUGCGCAUCUUUGCCGGGCCUGAGCAUGGCCUGGAGGGCAAGGUGGAGCUGGUCCCCUUGGACAUGCCACCCCGCGCCCUUCGGGUGAAGGGCCCCGUGCUGGAGCUGGAGGAGGGCUUUGAGCCCUUCAACCCCGAGGCGUAUUACAAGCGAUUCGGCCAUCGCCUCGCCGCGGCAAAGGCCGGGCAAUGA